AUCCCCCCGAACCACCAGAGCUGACGCGUAACUCCGGGACCCUCUCUGUGACCGCUGACGUUGCUUUGGAGAUUGCAAUGUGCACAGGCAAAAAUGGCUACCCUGCGCCAACCAUCAGCUGGUACAAAGAUGGGCACCUUCUGAACAUUACCACAGAACACAACAAAGGUAAAGAAGCCACCGGAUUCUUUGUGGAGCUUCUAAUGUUUGUUUUCGUGGGGAUGAAAGUACAAAUAUAUUAUACCGAGAAUGUGCAGUUUGCCUUGGACUCUCCAAAGGUCAUCAAAGAAGGGGAUGAUGUGCAGCUGCAAUGUCGGGGCGACGGGUUCCCCCCACCCGAAUAUUCCUUCAUCAAAUCUCCAGCCUUACCUACUUCUGCUCCUUCUUCCCAGACUUCCGAUAACCUGGUGGACCUGCCCACCACCACCGAUGGUGUCCUUCUUCUUCCUCAAGUGACCAAGGCUGACAGCGGGACCUACCGCUGUCAGGUCUUGGACUUCUAUAGUCCCUCCGAGGUGGAACUAGAGAAGGACGUGAGCAUCUUCAUCAAUUAUCUGGACCCUCUGGUCCUAAAUCCAAGCAAGAUGGUGAAAGUAAACCGAAGUGAAGACCUUCAGUUGACCUGUUCUGGCAGUGGCUCCACGACGCCCACCUUGUCAUGGAAGAAGGGAAGACAGCAGAUGGCGACCGGCGGGACUCUGUUGCUGGAAGGGCUGACAUACCCCAUGGCCGGCACCUACGUCUGCGAGGCUUCUGUGCCCAGCAUCUCCGGACUGAAACGGAACGAGUCAAUCCAAGUUAUUGUAGAAGGGAAGCCAGAGGUAGAGAUGCACCAAACCAUCAUGCAAGAUCUGGAGCAGACAGUGAAGGUCACCUGUACGGUUUUAGGCCAUCCCCCGCCAGAGAUCAGAUGGAACAUUUCUGGUGGAAAGGAAGGGAGCCCGGAUAACACCGUGGUGGAGAUGAAGGCUGACAGGCGGAACGAGCAGACGGGCUUGACCCCCAAGGAAGGGAGCCCGGAUAACACCGUGGUGGAGAUGAAGGCUGACAGGCGGAACGAGCAGACGGGCUUGCUGAGUCCCGGCGGAGGCGGAGGAGGCGGUGGAGGAGGAGGAGGAGGGGGGACGAAUGAGUGCUGA